CGCGGGCCCCGGAGCUGGGCGAGUAGGCGGGAGGAGCUUGCAGUUUGGGCGGCGACCUUGGGACUGUCGCGCCGGGCGGAAGAAGGGCUGAUGGGGAAAGGGUUGUGCGUUUAGGACCCGCGGCCGAGGAAGAUAAAAAUGGAAGUGGAAUGAUGUGAUGCGGAUCGGCCAACAGGUUACAAACCUGAAAUAGAAAUGAUUGACGAUAUAGCCACAUGUAGAUACCCAAAGAGCCGCAGUGUGCUGACCCCGGGUGGCUCUUGCAUCUCGAAAGUUUGCUGACCCCUGAAGUAGACUACAGUGAAAGCCAUUCAUCAACAGACUAAAUUCUUCACUGCCAAAAUGGCAUCAUUUUCUACCUCUGCCCAGUGUUCAACAUCUGACAGUGCUUGCAGGAUCUCUCCAAGACAACUCAAGCAGGUACGACCAAAAGUGCCACUUUUGAAGAUUUUGCAGGCAGCAGGUGCACAAGGUGAAAUCUUCACUGUUACAGAGGUCAUGCACUAUCUAGGCCAGUAUAUAGCAAUGAAGCAGCUUUAUGAUCCGCGGGAGCAGCAUAUGGUAUAUUGUGGUGGAGAUCUUUUGGGAGAACUACUAGGAUGUCAGAGCUUCUCCGUGAAAGAUCCAAGCCCUCUCUAUGCUAUGCUAAGAAGGAAUCUUGUUGCUUUAACCAUUGCUACUACAGAUGCUGCUCAGACUCUCGCUAUCGCACAGGAUCACAAUAUGGAUAUUCCAAGUCAAGACCAACUGAAGGAAAGUGCAGAAGAAUGCUGUAAUUCCAGGAAAAGUACCGAAGAAGGCAAUAUUCCCAUACCAUCUACCUCACAGCAUAAACGCACAAAUUCUAGAGAAGAUGAAGACUUGAUAGAAAAUUUAACCCAAGAUGAGACAUCUAGGCUGGACCUCGGGCUUGAGGAGUGGGAUGUAGCCGGCCUGCCUUGGUGGUUUUUAGGAAACUUGAGAAACAAUUAUACACCUAGAAGUAAUGGCUCAACUGAUAUACAGACAAAUCGGGAUGUGGGUACGGCCAUUGUUUCAGAUAUGACAGAUGACGUGUGGAUUUUGAAUGAGCCAGUAUCAGAGCAGUUUGGUGUUGGAAUAAAAGUUGAAGCUACUGAUACUGAACAAACAAGUGAAGAAGUAGGGAAAGUGAGAGACAAAACGGUGAUUGAAGCAGGAAAAAAUGAUGACCUUGAGGACUCUGAGUCUAUGUGUGAUGAUACCGAUGUAGAGGUUGCCUCUGAGGAUGAGUGGCAGUGUACUGAGUGCAAGAAAUUUAACUCUCCAAGCAAGAGGUACUGUUUUCGAUGCUGGGCCUUGAGGAAGGAUUGGUAUUCAGAUUGUUCUAAGUUAACCCAUUCUCUCUCCACGUCUGACAUCACUGCCAUACCCGAAGAGAAGGAAAGUGAAGGAAUUGAUAUCCCUGAUUGCCGAAGAACCAUAUCAGCUCCAGUUGUUAGACCUAAAGAUGUGUAUAGAAAGGAAGAAAACCCAAAACUCUUUGAUCCCUGCAGUUCGGUGGAAUUCUUGGAUUUGGCUCACAGUUCUGAAAGCCAAGAGACCUUAUCAAGCCUGGGAGAACAAUCAGCUGAUCUUUUAAAACAGAGAACAGUUAUAGAAAACAUGGAGGAUUGCCGGAAUCUCUUGAAGCCAUGCAGUCUAUGUGAGAAAAGACCACGGGAUGGGAACAUUAUUCAUGGGAGGACAAGCCAUCUUGUCACUUGUUUUCACUGUGCCAGAAGAUUAAAGAAGGCUGGGGCUUCGUGCCCUAUUUGCAAGAAAGAGAUUCAGUUGGUUAUUAGGGUUUUUAUAGCAUAGCUGAACCAGUGAAUUACAGAAAUAUUAACCGGUAUCAAAACUUAAGUUUUGAGCAUCUCUACUCAGCGUGACCCAUUGUAUCUGAUCAUUUAUUCAUACAAACAUCUGUGUUCCAGGACAUUUUGCCUCUAAACUUGCAUGGAAAUUGAGAAAGUUCUUUAGAGCUAGAUUAUUAAUUUGGGGACUCCAUUAACAUACAUUAAUCACUUCAUUCUCCCUUCAAAGAUGAGGAUCUGGGAGGAGGCAACCACCAGUAUAAACAAAAAAUAUGGUCAUUCACUUAACCAAAUUACUUGAAGAUUAAUAAUUUCUUCAGUUAAUUUUACCCUCUAAUUUUCUGUUAGGGAAAGUCCUUUUUUAUUUUUAUUUAUUUUUUAUUUUUAAAAGAUUUUUAUUAAAAAUAUAUUAUAUAAUAUAAUUAUAUUAUAAUUAUAUUAUAAUAUUAUAUUAUAUUCAGGUGUACACCUUAGCUAUUCAUCGUUAUAUACCUAAAGACAUCAUCACCACAGUAAGUCCAGCAACCAUCUGACACUGUACCAUGCUUUCACAAUACUAUUGACUAUAUUCCC